AUGGAGAAUUUUGUGGAUGUGGCUCUCUCCGUUCCACCCUAUAAGAUCCCGCUCCUUCCUCUUCUUCCUUCCUCAUCGUUAACCACCAUCCUUUCACCAGUCACCAUGUCUACCAGCUUCUCUUUUGCCGUCGCCGUCGAUCCCGUCAUCGAGAAACUGCAGCGCGAGUUCACAGCCAUUAGGGUGCGUUUGGAUGGUGAAACGGCUUCCAUCCCGGACGAGUCUGAGGGAUUGGAGGAAGAGCGGAAGGAUUGGAUCGUGCGCUGGCAGACAUUUGUGAAGGAUCUGUCCGAGUGCACGGGUGCCCUGCAAGCUAAGGGCAUCCCGUACACCUUCACGCCUGAAGAGGUUGCCAAGGGCGAGACCGGCAACACCACCUGUGCCCGCUUCGUCGCUGAAGUCAAGGCGGCGGACGAGGAUCGUGCGCGCAAGAGCGCUGAAGAGGAUCGUGCACGCAAGAGUGCGGCCGAGGCUCUGAAGACACCCGUGGUCGAGGGUAAGCCGGUGGAUGAGGAAGGGCAAGCAACUGUGCGCGCCCCACGUUUGGAGAAGGGGAAGGGCAAGAGGACUGCUGAGGAUGUUGAGUCCGAGGUAGAGGACGUGACGGACAAGGAGAUCAGGGUAAAGCGCCCUCCCGUUGGUCGCAUGACCCCAUACAACCCUGCGAUCGGCAAACCGUCUCCCCGGCACGCCGUUCGUUGCGGCAAGUGCACGCUCAUCAAACGCGAUUGUUACGGCUUUCCGGGCGUUUCUUGCGACAGCUGCAAGAAGUUGAAGGUCGGCUGUACCCACUCCAAGGGUAAAGGCAAGAGCAAGAAGCGCCGUAUUGAUACACCCCCCUCCCAUUCCUUCCGGCUCCCGCGCUCGUUCGUCCGGGCGCGCUCGCAACUCUGCGGAUGAC